UUUGUCCUCUUCCUUUUCAACGUGGAGCGGUGGACAGUCUUCUGAUUUCCAAUGGAUAAUCAAGAGUCCAGGUUUGUGGUGGCCACUGACCAGGCCCUGGCCGUGUAAGAGGCUAACCAGGGGCCUCUUUUUCUUUUCCGAGGGAGUGGAUGAAGACGACGAGGGUGAGGGGAAGAAUCAGAAGAAGAUGGGAGGUGAGAUGCUGAAGGACCAUAAGCUUCACCAGCAACCUCUCUGUUUCUCAAGGAGGACCAUCCUUUGGGCUUUCUACUCUGUCCUCCUCCUCUUCCUCCUCCGCUCCUAUUUGUUUCAGGGCUCGCCAUUGCCAUCCUCACCGAAGCUUCACCAUGUUGACCACCACAGGCCAACCCAGCCAAUAUGCGAUGUCGCCCAGGGCCAAUGGGUCCACGACGCGUCCCCUCCGCCCUACAAUGACUCCACCUGCAACACCAUCAAGGAAGGGCAGAACUGCAUAGCCCACGGCCGCCCCGACACGGGCUACCUCCAUUGGAGAUGGCAGCCCCACAACUGCACCCUCCCGAGGUUCGAUCCCUCGACCUUCCUCUCCCUCACCGCCAACCAGAAACUCAUAUUCGUCGGCGACUCCAUGGCCCGGAACCAGCUCGAGUCCCUCCUCUGCCUCCUCUCCCAACACUCCCAGCCCAAGCUCACCCACUCCGAUCACAACAACAAAUUCCGGACUUGGGUCUUCCCCUCCCACAACCUCACCGUCUCCGUCCUGUGGUCGCCCUUCCUGGUGAACGGCAUCGAGAAGAACGGCGAGCUCAAUCACAACAAGCUCUACCUGGAUGUCAUGGACGCCAGAUGGGGGAGCGAGCUGAAGGAGGCGCACGCCGUGGUACUCUCCGUCGGCCAUUGGUUCCUUCACCCCGCCCUGUUCUUCGAGGGAGGAGAGGUGGUCGGGUGCCACCAUUGCCCGGGCAUGAACCACACGGAGAUUGGGUUCUACGGCGUCCUGAGGAAAGCUCUGCGGACGAGCUUGAGGGGAAUCAUGGAGGCGAGGAGGAAGAUGAAUGUGGUGGUGACCACUUUCUCGCCUGCCCAUUUCGAUGGGGAGUGGGACAAGGCAGGGGCAUGCGACAGGAAGGAGCCCUACAGGUUGGGGGAGAAGGAGUUGGGGUGGAUGGAUGCAGAGCUGAGGAAGAUCGAGGUUGAAGAGGUCGAGGGGCUCAGAUUGGGGGAUGGGUGGAGAUGGGGGCUGAGGGUUGAGGCUCUGGAUGUGACUGGGCUCGCCAUGAUGAGGCCUGAUGCCCACCCGGGACCCUACAUGCACCCUUUCCCCUUUGCAGGUGGGAUGAAGGAGAGAGUGCAGAACGAUUGCGUCCACUGGUGUCUCCCGGGCGCCAUCGACACUUGGAAUGAGAUAUUGCUGGAGACGAUGAGAAGAUGGAGAAGUGAAGAUGAGAGGCAGUAAAAGGAUUUGGUUGGUUUAGGCUUUGGUGUUCAUAAAGAUUUAUGUGCCGUAAGUUCAGUCCGGCUAGGAAGAGGACUCUUUCCCCCUUGAUAGUCUCCUGUAAAUCAAGCUCUUCCAUGAUCGACUACGCACAGAGAGACGUUUCAGAUCAUAGAUGUCAAGCUGCCGCGCCGGAAACGCUUUGGUGUGGACUUGAAAUUUCGUGAAACCCAGAUCCCAUUGAUCCUACCAUAUGAUUGAAGGAUUAUGUGUCUAAAUGAUUCAUUAUUUAUUUUAAAUUUUUUGUUUCUAUGGUA